CUGUCCGGCUGGGGCGGAGGGAAGGGGGAGGGAACUAGAGGAGGAGGAGGUUAGCCGAGGCAGCUACAGCGGCGGCGGCGUAGGGGCUGGUACGCGCUGGGCGGCGAGAGCCUCAUGGCGGAGGAAGAGAGCGAUCAAGAGGCCGAACGCCUCGGAGAAGAGCUCGUGGCCAUUGUGGAGUCCCCGCCAGGCCCUGUUGGGUUUAGAGCUGCGGGCGACGGUAGAGGUGGCGCUGGCGGCGGCAGCUGCGGUGUCGGCGGCUUUGGGAUCAGCAGUCGGGAUUACUGCCGACGCUUCUGUCAGGUGGUGGAAGAUUAUGCUGGAAGAUGGCAGGUCCCUUUGCCACAACUUCAGGUUCUUCAGACUGCACUCUGCUGUUUUACAUCAGCCAGUGCAUCAUUCCCAGAUGAAUGUGAGCACGUACAGUAUGUUUUGAGUAGCCUUGCUUUGAGCUUCUUUGAGUUGCUGCUGUUCUUUGGAAGAGAUGAGUUUUAUGAAGAGCCCUUAAAGGAUAUUCUUGGAUCAUUCCAGGAAUGCCAGAAUCACCUCCGCAGAUAUGGAAAUGUGAAUCUGGAACUGGUGACUCGAAUCAUUAGAGAUGGUGGCCCAUGGGAAGAUCCAGUGUUGCAAGCUGUUCUUAAAGCCCAGCCAGCAUCUCAGGAGAUAGUGAACAAAUAUUUAAGUUCUGAAAAUCCACUGUUCUUUGAACUACGUGCCAGAUACCUAAUUGCUUGUGAACGCAUACCUGAAGCAAUGGCUCUUAUUAAAUCUUGUAUAAAUCACCCAGAAAUCAGCAAAGAUUUGUACUUCCAUCAAGCGCUCUUCACAUGUCUGUUUAUGUCACCUGUAGAAGAUCAGCUAUUCCGGGAGCAUUUAUUAAAAACUGAUUGUAAAAGUGGGAUUGAUAUCAUCUGUAACACUGAAAAAGAAGGCAAGACUAUGUUAGCCUUGCAACUCUGUGAAUCCUUUCUUAUUCCACAACUCCAGAAUGGAGAUAUGUACUGUAUCUGGGAGUUGAUUUUCAUAUGGAGUAAACUUCAGCUUAAGUCUAAUCCUUCAAAACAAGUUUUUGUAGAUCAAUGCUACCAGCUUUUAAGAACAGCAACUAAUGUGAGAGUCAUAUUUCCUUUCAUGAAAAUCAUUAAAGAUGAGGUUGAAGAAGAUGGCCUACAGAUCUGUGUGGAAAUAUGCGGUUGUGCUCUACAACUAGAUCUUCAUGAUGAUCCCAAAACUAAAUGUUUAAUUUAUAAAACAAUUGCACAUUUUUUGCCAAAUGAUUUGGAGAUCCUCAGGAUUUGUGCACUCUCAAUAUUUUUUCUUGAGCGCUCCUUGGAAGCUUAUCAUACUGUUGAAGAGCUUUACAAACGUCCAGAUGAGGAAUAUAAUGAAGGCACAAGUAGUGUUCAAAAUCGUGUUCGUUUUGAAUUGCUUCCAAUUUUGAAAAAGGGAUUGUUUUUUGAUCCCGAAUUCUGGAACUUUGUAAUGAUUAAGAAAAACUGUGUAGCAUUAUUGAGUGAUAAAUCAGCAGUUAGAUUUCUAAAUGAAAGUACACUGGAAAACUCCAUAGGUAAUCUAAAGAAGGCAGUGGAACAGCAAGGUUUAGAUGAAGGGCUGGACUUUCUUACAGACCAGAGCACUGGAGAGCUUGAUCCUGAUGAUAUACCUAGAGUGCAACCUAAGGGUCACAUUAAUACGAAGAAAAAUCUUAUGGCUCUUAAUGUUUCCAAAGUAGAUCACAAUGUCCCAAGGCAUCGGUGUAUGUUAUGUAACAAAGAAUUUCUAGGUGGUCACAUUGUAAGACAUGCCCAGGCUCAUCAGAAAAAGGGCAGUUUUUCUUGUGUAAUAUGUGGUAGGAAAUUUAGAAACAGAGGACUUAUGCAGAAGCAUUUAAAGAAUCAUGUUAAAAAAAUACAAAGACAGCAAAUUGCUGCAGCCCAACAAGAGGAUCAGGAAAUCCCUGCUUUGGAAGAAGUAAAUUGUUCAGAUACUUUCAUUUCAUUUGAAAAUGGGAAUUCUGGUAGUAAAGAUUUGGAAAUAGAGACAAUUACUGCUUCCAGUGAUGGAAACAAAGAAGUCAUUCCUGCACAUGUGGCUGAGUUCAUUGAAAUUCCCGUAAGUGUCUCGGAAGAGGUUAUUGAAAACAUGAUUGAGAAUGGAAGUCCUGAGACUUCUUUAAAUAACGUUUCAGAGCCUUUGCCUGUAUGUGAGGAUGACUGUGAGGAGGAAGAAGAUGAAGAAGGUGAUUAUGAAGAUGACGAUUAUGACCUGAAUCAAGAAACUUCAGUACUCCAUAAAAUCAAUGGAACUGUGUGCCAUCCAAAAGACAUAUAUGCUACAGAUCAAGAAGGAAACUUUAAGUGCCCUGCUCUUGGUUGUGUCAGGAUAUUUAAAAGAAUUGGCUUUCUAAAUAAACACGCAAGGACUGUACAUCCAACGGAUUUAAAUGUGCGGCAAACAGUAAUGAAGUGGAGCAAAGGGAAAUGCAAAUUCUGUCAGAGGCAAUUUGAAGAUUCUCAACAUUUUAUCGAUCACCUUAAUCGACACAGCUAUCCAAAUGUGUAUUUUUGUUUGCAUUUUAAUUGCAAUGAGUCGUUUAAGUUGCCGGUCCAGCUUGCUCAGCACACAAAAAGUCAUAGGAUAUUUCAAGCUCAGUGUAGUUUUCCAGAAUGCCAUGAGCUUUUUGAAGAUCUUCCUCUCCUAUAUGAACAUGAGGCUCAGCACUAUUUAAGUAAAACACCAGAAUCAUCUGCACAACCAAGUGAAACAAUUCUUUGGGAUGUUCUUACAGACUCAAAUCCUAAUCAUCAGGAAAAAGACUCAUCUAGUAAUGAGAAACAAACUGUUAGUCUGCCAGUUUCUACUAGCAAAUCAAGGAAAGAUUCCACAGAACCAAAGACAUGUACAGAAAGUAUGGAAAAGAAAACAGAUGGUUUAGUUCAGAAUGGAAAUGAACAUUCUGAUGACACUGUUUCUGAUAUAAGCUUGACAGACCAAAAGAUGCCUGACAGAGAGCCAAAUUCUGAAAAUAAUUGUAGUAUUAGUGAUUUAGUCAAUGGACACAGUGGAAUAGAGCAGACACCUUUAGUUUCGUCAGUUCCUGCUUUGAAAAUGGAUACAAAUAGAAUCAGGACAGAAAACGGUUCCAUUUUACCCAGUGUCGUACCACAGGAACAUAGUACCCCGCCAGUAUCUCAGGCACCUUCCAAAACAAAUCUGACGAGUGAACACACUUCAUAUGGCUUAAUUUUAACAAAGCCGUAUGUCAGACCACUGCCUCCCAGUUACCUUGAUGAACGGUACCUUAGUAUGCCAAAACGCAGAAAAUUUCUGACUGAUAGAGUAGAUGCCUGUUCUGAUCAAGAUAAUGUUUGUAAAAAAUCCGUGAAAAGAUUAAGAUGUGGCAAAUGCCUGACCACCUACUGUAAUGCAGAAGCACUUGAGGCUCACCUUGCACAAAAGAAAUGUCAGACACUCUUUGGAUUUGAUUCAGAUGAUGAAAGUGCCUGAUAAAAAUGUUUCAGAAAGAUCUGUCGAUCAAGCAGUAGUGUGAAAAAAGCACUGCAAGAAAUUGCAUCAUCAUUUUGCUAUUUUCCUGAUGGCCUUAAUUUUCAAGCGGUCUUGGAUUACUAAAGAUAAAGACAAAAGCACAUUUUCUAGAAUGAACUCAGAGAGGAGAUGUGCUGGUUUAGACUCCAAAAGGGUUAUUACAAAACUCCCAAAGUACCAGUUAUCCAGAAAACCACAUUUUUUAAAAAAAGUUGAUGACUAUUAUUGCAGCAUGUUCGGUUUCACUUAUAUGAGAAACGUGUUCAGGCAACUAGUCAGAAAGAAAUACCAGCUAUGGCCUUACAGAAAGGGAAAAGUUAAUCCAUUAUUAAAAAAGAAGGGGGGAGGGGUUGGUUUACAAUAAACAACUUAAAAGUAUUCUACAAAUGAGAUUUGUUUUCUUGUCAUACAUAAUCAGAUUAUGUCCUCCCUUUUCAAACAUGGUUUAAAGAACUCUUGCUAUUUGGUUUAUUAUAAUUUAGAAAAUGAUACAUGAAAAUAAAACUUGAUUCACCGCCAUGCUAUCCAUGGAAGAUUGUAACUUAUUUCCAAGUUGGUUGAUCAGACAGAACAGAGUUCAAUGAAUGUUAUGCCAGCAUUGAAAAUUAAAAAAAAAAAACAAAAGAAACAAAACACUUUGCUAAUAAACUCUUAAUAGAACCUUCCACUUUCCAUUUUUGUAAUACCAGUGAAUUGUUUUUAAAGGCAGCACUGUCAGUUAAAUAGAAAAAGUACCAUCAGUAACUUUGGGGAGAGCUGGGAGGAAUCUAAGACCAUAAAGGCUAUCUAAUUGAAGGAAAACACUGAAUUGCAAAUAACUCAAUGUGAAUAAUGGUAUAAGCACACUGGGAUAUUUCUAUUUGUAUAUAGAGUAGUGUUACUAGGACAUUGCUUGAUGAUUCAUAGUAAGGUCCUUUUAGACAUUAAUGUGAGUUAUCUAAGUACAGUCCUAUCAAAAUAACUGGCUGUAAAAAAAAAAAAUAUGUCAGCUAAAAUCAGGUCAAGAAUUCAUUGGUUUUAUUCAGUUAGGAGAGUUAAUUCUAAAAUAAGCCAUACUACUCAUGCUUUCUUAAUUUAUUAGUGAUGAAUUUGGUCCGAAUAGUAAUUUUUACAUAUAAAAGGAAAUAUUUACACAAAAAUUUGCACAGCAGGAACACAGUUAAGAUAUAUUAAUGCUUUUAUUUUCCUUGAUGACCAGUAAUUUUCCUAAGGAAGAUUUUAACUUACUAGGCAAUGAAUUGUUAAAACACAAAACGUUUUUUAAAAUACCCACUCAGAUGUGUUCCAUUUGUACAUUCUCUAGAAGACGAAGCUUAAAAAGACCCUUCUUUUACCUGUUAGUGUGUUAAUCUAUAGCAGGGAUAAAAUGAAUAAAAAUGCAAAGGCAGAUUCUUAAAAAAUGGAGCUACUAAUGCACCAUGGUCAACAACAUAUUCCAGUUUUUCCAACUCAUAUAUUUUUGUUCAAAGCAUAUAAUCUUAUUGGAUUCUACUAUUACAAAUUUUUGGAUAUUAAACUUCUUGAAUGAAGUCACUAAGGAAGGGGAUAUUUUUUUCCAACACAGCAUCCCGACUUUAUUAAAUUGGGAUUUCCAGGUCGUGAAAGAUCUCAAAAAAAAAAAAGCCCAAUUUUAUUAUUUAUUCAUUCACUACUAUGCAAUUGAUAGUCACGAGUCCAUUUCAAUCAAAUUAAGGUUUUUGUUCUGUUUGUGUAGCCUACAUUAGGCUGUGGAAUUUACAUUUAAACAACAGAUAAGUAAAUACAACUCAAUCAGAUUUUUUAAUCCUUUAGGGUCAGUUCAAAGGAAGAGGAAAAAAACAAAACAAAACAAAACACUUUCUGUACUUCCUGAUCCUGAAAAUGCAAUACUUGAGUUUUAUUCCAGUUCAGUAUAAAAUUCAUCAUGUAAUAAAGAGUCUGUUUGGAAACUAGUUCAUUUGGACCAUGAAGUUUUUUUGAAAUAUAAUUUCUGCUUUGUACAUUUUCCAGAAGUUUAAAAUUUACAACUUAAUAUUUUAUCACAUUUUUUAACUUUUUAUUUUUUAUAAGUUGUAUCUGUUGACAAAUCCAUGCUGCAAAUUAGUUUCAUUCAUUCUGGAGUUCAUACCAAGAUAUUUUAAACAUAUUUCACUUGUUAAUCUUUUCUUUGAGUAUUUAGUUCUACUUUGGUGUUGCUAAGGGAAAACUGUUUCUGAAACACUUAGAUCAAAUCGGUUUAUACAUAAUUAAAUCAAGGAAUGUUUUACAAAAAUCUAUUUGGCCAAGCUGUUCUAAAUCUCUUUAUAUACUUCUCAAAUAAUUGCUAUUGAAAGUAUGUGUACAUUUCAUUAUUUAUGUCUUAUAAAGCAUAAACUUAAAUCAUUUUGCUUUUGUGGGGUGCAUAAACUUCCAACAGUUCUAAUUUGGGAUUCAGAAGAAAAGCUUUCUUAUUCCUCAGAUUCUUCUCUUUUACUUUCUAUUCCUUCUGUUUUGAGGAUAUGCUUAUCUUACAUGGACCAAGUUUCAAUCCUUAUUUUUUUUAAUAAAAAUUUCCUUCAAAUCAUUAACUAUAAACUUCUGCUGUUUCAGUAAGGUCAACAAAAAAGCAAAUGUGAAUUUUUGCUGCUCAGAUAUUACAGAAAAGCGGGAUCUUCGUGGACAAGGACACUGGUACUUUGGGCUUUAGCCAUAUUCAUUUUUUAAAACCAUCGAUUAUAUAAUGAGUAGGUAACUUAAAACACUGAACUUGUGAUUCUUUUUAAAUCACACUUGAAGGUUCAGCCGUACUCCUUUCAUGUUUGGUUUAAACUGUUGUAUGGAUGAAAAAACCUAAAAGGGAUGAUAGUGUUUAUCUUUUAAUUUAUUUGGUACUGUAAAAACACCUUUUCAGAAUGCCUAAAUGCUGCAUAUGCAUUUUGGAAUUGUUAAUAUGUGAAAGAUAUUACAGAUUCAGCAAGAAAGGAAAUUUGUGCUUCCUUGUUGAACAUUAAAUUAUUUUACUUUGCAUUUUAUAAGAGUACAAAUUAAAACUGAGCCAUUGAACUGCAAUAAUACAACAAUAGCGUCUCAUUUCAAGAAAUUUUUUGUACUGUACAUAGACUUGUUCAAUAAAACAUUGUCCUUGUUGGUAA